UUAAAAAAUGUCGAUGAUGUUUGUAAACACUUUUUUUUAAUUUUUAUCACAAUUUCGAAAUGUCAUGACAGUGAACUUCGCAAAGUAUUAAAAGAAAACACAAACUUUUUAAAUGUUAUAAUGUAAACCCUGCUUAAUGUAUAAUUAGAAGAAUUUAUCUGAUCUAAGUAGUCCACGACCACUUAACAAUUAACAAUUUACGAACUUCGUUUGUUUAACAAUGUCUGUGUGCGAUGAAAUUUUAGAAGCACGUAGUGCAUUAAAGACUAGGAAAGUGAAUGUGAUACACCGUACGACUAGUGAAACAAUUAGGUUGGGAGAACCUGAUCUGUUUAUUAACAAUUCAACAGCAAAACCGUGUAAUGUACUCCCAUUAAGGAAAAAGCCGGUAAGUUCAUUUCAAGUGACCGGCAUUAGUGUUACCCAACGUCCAGAAUUUGGAGACGAUUCGGCAGACGACUUAGAUGAAUCUCAUACAGAUGAUAUUUCUCGAAUUACAGACAACGAAACUCCUAGUUUUUCUGAGGAAUCUUUUUCUCGAGAUAUUGAAGAGGUGCCAAUCAUAUCUCCAGUAGUUUCUUUAGAGACAACAAAUGUCUUGCCUAUAAGCCCUUGCUAUGAAUUGGCAAUAGUAGCAGCUGAAAAUUUUGAAAUAACAGCGGUUGAAGUUGGUGAUGUUCAAGAGCUUUCUGUUAUAUGUACAGAUAUUACAGAUAAUUCUUCUGAGUUUGACUUAGCUUCAGUAUUAUCUAAAAUGACCACAACAACGACUUAUGCUGGACAAUGUGUUCGAAUUGUUGGAGGAAGAUUUAAAGUUGUAAAAAUUGAAACAGCAGAACCUUUUAAAAGAGGUAGGUGGAAUUGCUUGGACUACUUAGAUCAGUCAAUUGCAAUUAACCCUCACAUUAUUAAAACUCAGCACAUGAGUUUGAUCAUCACAGAUCCAAUUGCUUAUUAUUCAAAUGCUAAUAACAAUAAUGCAACUGUUACUACUGGACAACAUGCUACAGAAGCAACAUUUAAUUCUAAUUUCAAAACUGACCAAAAAGGAAAUGAAACUCUUUAUUCUUCAGCAAUUGCUACAACUAUUUCUUCAAUACCGACAAAUGUGGUUCCUUCAAGUAUUUUGACUGAAACCCAGCAGAAUAGAAUAUUAACAUAUGGAUAUAUCGAGGGGCAUUUACCGGUUCAUGGACAAACACUUCCUACAAUUUAUUAUUGCAAUAAAUCAGAAAGCAAUCUAGUACAACCGGAAAUCAUUACAACUGCUUCAACAAUAGUUUCUGCUUCACAAAAUUACAGGGUGUCCACCAAAGUUGCUGAAAGUUUAAUUACAAAAGUUUGCCAAAGUCAAACUUCUCAAAAUUACAUUCAAUACAAAGGACAGGCUGGACUUAAUCAAAACCAUGGAGAAUUACUCCAAAAAAUUGAUAACUUUAAUACUGAAGUUAAAGAACAAAGUGUUUCAUUUAAUCAAACAACAGGAGGUCAAAAGAAUUUGUUUCAAAGUCCUCCAGUUACAUUACCAAAUUAUAAUUUAUUUAAUGUCCCUAUUUCAUACGUUACUGCAGUAAAUCAUGGGCAAAUAUAUAAAGAACAAAGUGUAUUAAAAAGUGAUGCAGAGAGUGUUUCAUUUGAUAUACCAUCAUGUGAUAAUAAUCGACCAGUUCAAAACUAUUUUCCAAACUUUGGAAUAUCAAACUUGCAAUUUUCUAGACCACAGCAGCAUAAUCUUCGAAGUGCCUAUUCUUUACCAACAGGUAUGCCCUCAUUAUCAGUAGCAUCAAAUAUUCCAGCAUCUACAUACACCUUAGAUUCAGGAGUUAGCUUUUUUGUUACAGUUUCAAAUAGUCCAAUUAGUACAAAUACAGUAGGGCAACCAGUUACUGCUAACAGUUCAUCUUCAACAGGUGCUUCCGUUACGUUUCAUAAGUCUAGUACUCAUGUUACCUAUACAAAUGCGUCCACUUCUUCCUAUAGCAAAGAUGCCAGUAACUAUACUCAAAGUACUUCUGAAACACAUGUUCUUCAAACAAGCAUUCCUUCUUCAAUGCAUAGUUCAUCUACUCUUCCAUGUAUUCAUCAACUCUAUCAAAUACAAAACUCUAAUCAACCACAAGAAUCUUCCCAAAUAUAUUCCCCAUCGCUAACUCUAACAAGAAUUCCUUCAACUGGUUUUCAACAGAAUUACCAACCAAUUGAAAAAGUUCAACACACACGACAAAAUACGUUAAAUCAAAUUAACAACUCCAGUGUUUAUUCGGUUUCAUCUGCUCCUGUUAUUCAAAAUAUUCCCACACACCAAAAGUGUAACAUUCCAAUGGUGCAAAGUCAAACUUAUGCUGCUCAAAAUUACACUGCCAAAAGUGAACACCACGUAUCUAAUGAUCAAAAUCAAUUUAGCCGUAAUUAUGAAGCGCCAUUUCAUUCACAGCCAGAAAUAUAUUAUACCAUUAAUCAGCCAAAUGUGGAAAUUAAUGAGCUUUAUUAUAAUAAAGCUCAGAAAUCACCCAAAAUACAACACAAUCAAAGCCCAACAACCGACAAGACAAUAUUGACUGAAGCACCGUACCAGAUUGAGCAAACUUAUGUAAUGAAAGAUGAAACUAUAGACCAAUAUCGUCCACAUGAUUUAAGUCUUCGAGGUAGUAUUCAGCAGAAGGAAUCGCCAAUUAGUUCCGUACCUCAAGAAUAUCGAAAAAGUGUUAAUGAAUCGUCACCUCAAGAAUUCGGAAGUACUUUCCCUAAUUCGCCAAUCUACAGCCCAGUAAAUAUAUUAGAAAGAAAUCCAUUGUAUCAGAGUUCUCCAAUUCAAAGUCCAACUGUUUCUAUUAAUCAACCAACUUCUGCUUCUGCUUCUCCGUUAAUUUAUGAAGAAAUUCAGCCUCAGUUACGACAAACUUAUGAAAAAGAAGAACGAAUUUUUACAGAACCAGCCGCAAAUGAAUUUAAUUCUCAAAAUACAUUCCAACAACCAGUAGAUUCAUUUACUUCGUAUAAUGAAUCUACUCUACCUAAUCAAUUGUCCCAAAUAUCUGGAGGCACAUCCCUAUUAGCAGUUAUCGACGAAGAAGAGGAUGUAUCUUUAAAAGAACAAUACAAGACAAUAAAAUCCGAAGUUUCUCAGCUAUCAUCUGCCUGUGGUAGUAAGUUUGGAGAAGCUUCAACUAACAAUUUGGAGGAUACUCAGUCAGCAACCACAUUGACGCCCGAUGACGAUAAUUCAAGAACAAAUCGUCUUUCCUCAGGAAAUGGUUUAAGGUAG